CCCGCCCUUGAAAUACGCCAUGUGUGCAUGGAACAGCGCAGUCACGACGAUGACCAGUGUCAAGCUGAAGUUGAUGCGCAGGCCUUUCGCAGCCCCGUGGCAGAUGACGACGACCCAACUCUGGAGAAGGCACUGCACGUGGGCCGGAAGUGGCUUGAUGGUCCGGCUGGCCUUUGUUCGCAGCUGGGACGACGCAUCGCACCACUCGUAGAGGCCCCACCCGCGGUCCAAGACGCAGCUCCCGAUGCUGAGCAACGCAUGCACCCCCAAGAAUGCCUGGAGCUGAUGGCUGAUGUCGGGGAUGCCAUGCACCAAGCCAAGGACCCAGCUCCUCUCCUUCCCUGCGCUGCCAAACGCGACGACUACCGCGCUCACGAGGACAAACGACACUUGAAUACACAGAUACACCGUCACGAUGGCAUACCCCCACGCGUACGCGUUCUUCGAGUUGGGGACACCGAGGAAUUGCAAUGACGCGAGGUUCUCGACGGCAUCCAACGGCAGGUCAAAGCAGUACGAGUAAUAGGAGCCAAACACGUUCUCGGCUUCGACGUAGACGCCGUCCGUUCCCAUGAGCGUCACCGACUCGCUCGACCCGUCAGGUUGAUAGAUAUGCGCUUCAAACUGCGAUUCGUCGGUGAUUGCGUCGAUGAACAUGAGUUCAAAGGGGGCGUCCGUGGCGAAGGGGGCCCUGAUCGCAACCACCGAUCGCACAUCGGACGACGAGUUCAGUGCCCGAGCAAAUCGUCGGGGGGGUCUCACCGCGGCAUCCACUGGUUCUAUCGAGUCGAACGUGAUGUUUACCACAAUCACCGGCAGAGCGACCGUCGUUUCACGCAAGAGCGGGCGCUGGAGCACAAGCGCACCAGCCGUCAUCGUUGUGAUGUACGUCAGCGAUCGGUCGACGACAUGAGCUCGGAACGUGGACGAAUCCUGGUCAGAAAUGGCGCCGAAGCGACAAUCGAUGAGCACGACUGCGUCAUGUCGGGGAAAACUCGAGUCGCCCAGCCCCAAGAGCACGCGUCCCACAAAGGCCAGGACUGCGUCUGGGGCGUGAAUUUCACGAAUUGUCCCGGUCGACGGGCACACUGUCGUCGAGAACUCAAAGGUGGCAUCCGACGACGUGGAUGGCACGAGGUAGGCAACUGGCAUUGGGGACCUGGACCCUUGAAGAGCAUGAUGCAAGUCAGCCACGACGCGUUCUCGCCGGGUCUUGAUCGAUUCGACCAUCGCAAGCAUCAGUGGGCUCUCGUACUGGGCGUAGACAGUUUUGGUGCCAUCGAUGCCAAAGUGGGUGCCCAACAGCGACUGCAGCGACAUCGAGCAGCCUGCCGCAUACGUUUGAAGGACCACAACGCCCGUGGCAAAGGACAGGAUCGCUUGGAUCGACGACCACCAGCUUCGCCUGGGGCCAUGAAACACCGACGCCGAGGCAGACAAGUGCGACGAGUGGGUGGCUCGCGAUGCCGGUUUGGCACUGGCAAAUAGCGCGGCCGAUGGCCCCACCGAUUGCAUACCUUGCAAACGAGAAAGCAC